GUAACCGCUGUGACGUCAGUCCGUGAUUAGACAGAGGGGGAGAGAGAGUCGGUGUGGACGCUGCAGAUCGCGGCAGAUCUUCAGACCCGGAGGCAGCAGCUGCAUCUCCUCUUCCUCCCUCUCCUCUUUCUCCUUCACCACCGGACAGCCAGACAUCGACUAGCCGGUCCGCGGGGCGACAUACCCGGCGGGGACACGUGCAACAUGCCCGCUGAGCAGCUCCACCCGGGCCCGGUGUCGGUUUUUCCACUUCUGGGAGGAUUUACGCGGACGAGCGGACAGAGACUCCCGGUGGAUGCGAGGCGCAGAGAGCUGUAAGUUGGAGGCGGAAAACUGGAAAACUUCCCAGCCGGAGCAGAUUUUGUUUUGAUGAACAUGCUGUGGUGGAGGGGAUCCCCCCGGGCAUCUGCUGCUGCCGCCGGCCGCCGCUGCGCACCGUGACGCGCCGGGGAGCGCGGCGAGGACCCCGGCAGUUUCACCCGGAGGGUCCGGGGAGGGAAAAGAAAAACCUCACUGCUGCUUAAACAGAUCUCCUCCACUGUGGAUUUGUCACUUCAGGCUCGUGCGUGGUUUUAUAUGCCGGAGAUGCCACCUGUCUCUGGUCUCCGUCCUGCUCUGGGUCGGACCGGGAUGGAUGUGGCGCAGUGAGGAGGCACCAGCCUGCGGAUAAUCACAGUUUGGACUUUUUGGCUCCCCGUGCGGCUCGCGGCUCUCCCUCAUGCAGCUCCUCCGGCUGGCCUGGGCUCUGACUGCCGCUGCGGUCUGCUUCCUGCUCCUCCUGCUCCUCCACAACCAGAUCCUGAGAGAAGGUCAGCUGGCGGCAGGGACCUGUGAGAUCGUCACUCUGGACCGGGACAGCAGCCAACCGAGGAGGACCAUCGCCCGACAGACGGCCCGCUGUGCCUGCAGGAAGGGACAGAUUGCCGGGACGACACGAGCCAGACCGGCGUGUGUUGACGUUCGUAUCGUGUGGGCUCGACAGUGGUGUGAGAUGUCUCCGUGUUUGGACGAUGAAGGAUGUGAUCUCCUGGUCAAUCAGUCGGGCUGGACCUGCACGCAACCAGGAGGCCGAGUCAAGACCACCACGGUCUCCUGACAGCGGCGGCGAGGACAAACGCUCCCCAGAGAGAGACUGGUUCCCAUCGUCCAUCGCCCAUCAUCGCCAAGCGGAGCAUCCACUGCUGCCAAUGCUGCUGACGAACCAAUCAUCAGCCACUAUCAGAGCUGAAGGGCGGGCGGGGGUAUUGUCACUUCCUGCGUCAUGCUUGAGCGACCUGUGGAAACUGCAGCCUGAAGUUCUUCUUUCUUUCUGGGAAUAAAGUCUUUAUUUACCAAGAGAUCUGAAAACAGCGGACAAGCUGCUGGAUGGAUUUCCUUUUGUUUGGCACAAAAACUCUGUUUCGUUUUUACAGACCAAAGAUGAACAGAGACGACGAUGAGACGUUUUUAGACACACGAACCAUAGCUAUGUAAAGAAACAAACACAUUGUGAUAUUAUACAGUAAGUGACUUAACUGAGCAAAGUAAAAAUUGUAUAUGAGUUAAUGAUAAAAACAUGUAUCUGUAUGA